GUGGUUCAGCCGCGCAUCUGUGAAUUGUGAAUGGGCCCGGUCCCUUACUGCGAUUAUUGAUUGAUUAUGGUGUGUCAUAGCUAUUGUGGCGUGGGGCAAGUUAUAUUCGCUGGUGCACGCCGGUGACUGUCAUUCGUACGCUAGGCACCGGCAGGCGGUUAUCUACCAACGGCAUCCUCCUUUUCGACGGCACUGCUGCCCACUGUCAGGUUCACACACGGAUCUUACACCGGUGUCUCAUAUAAGCAAGUUGCCACAUCGCAUUGACACAGUCGUAUAAUUCUCCUAGUCUCUCAGCGGAUGGUUCACUCGUUGUCUCUACAUAUCGUACGGUACCGGUGCUGUGGUAGGAAGAGGACAAGAGCGGCAAGCGUUUGUUGGUGCUAGAACAGCCAUUCUGUGAUUUUCGUUGCCAACGUUUAGACCAUAUUGCAAACAUGCCAGUGGCAAGCAAAGCGAGCGCGUGAAGGAGAAGCCAGUAGUGUGAGGUGGCUGCAGACGAUCGACAAAGCUGGAGUGCCUGCGGCAACGAGCACCGCAUUCCUCAUCCCGGCAUCCGCAGCUGCCCUCCAUGACGAUGGGUCAGAAGGUAUCCGGAGGCAUCAAGACCAUCACGCGGGACUCGGCGUCGGCUGGGCGCAUGCUCAGCAAGGACCUCGCGAUGAUCCAGGACUUUGUGAAGCCGCCGCGGCUCGACAUGCUCCUCGACAUGCCGGUCGCCGCGCACGAGACGCAGGUGGCGCACUCGUGGAACAACGACGACCGCUCGCUGAACAUCUUCGUGAAGGACGACGACAAGCUGACGUUCCACCGGCACCCGGUCGCGCAGAGCACCGACUGCAUACGUGGCAAGGUCGGCUUCACGCAGGGCCUGCACGUCUGGGAGAUCCACUGGUCGACGAGGCAGCGCGGCACGCACGCUGUGAUAGGCGUCGCCACCAAGGACGCGCCGCUGCAUUCCGUCGGCUACCAGUCGCUGGUUGGCACCACGCAGGACUCGUGGGGCUGGGACCUCGGUCGCAACAAACUCUACCACGACAUGAAGAACUGCCCCGGCCAGGUGUACCCGCGGCUACUCAACCCGGACGAGAACUUUGUCGUGCCGGACAAGGCGACCAUCGUGCUCGACAUGGAUGAGGGCACGCUGUCGUUCAUAGUCGACGGCCAGUACUUGGGAGUAGCAUUCCGCGGGCUCAAGGGCAAGAAGCUCUACCCCAUAGUCAGCGCCGUGUGGGGUCACUGUGAAAUCACGAUGCGAUACAUCGGCGGCCUUGAUCCUGAGCCACUGCCGCUGAUGGACAUCUGUCGAAGGGUCAUACGCAAACAGCUGGGCAAAGACCGAUUGGCUGACAUACAGAAUUUGGAGCUUCCCAACUCGCUGAAGAACUAUCUGCUUUAUCAACAGUGAUGGCUUGCUGUCCUACAUGCUGGAAUCUCUAGAAAAUAUUGUCGCAUAGCCAAUUGCCUGCGUGACGAUGGGCAGUGAUCACAGGUGCCGUCUCGUUCGUUCUCGGCUGACAUGAGAUGAAUAGUGGCCGGAACGUGUUGUGUGUGGAGUCUCCUGGUAGGGAGAGAGUUUCAGAAGCUCCAGCACAUAACAUGCAGCAGACAAGCGUUUCACUUCGCGGAGGCAGUGUUGGUGUGAGGAGAGAGAGGCAUGCCGAGUCGAUGGUCCAAUAAACAUUAUUGAUGUCAGGACUCCAUGGCGUGUGCUGACCGCCACCAGGGGCGGCAAGAGAAGGCUUUCCAAUGAAAUUUCCAUAGCCAAUGACUGAAGUGGAAACCAUAUGGCACCGUUAAUGAUGCCACUGUUAGUUUCUCUCAUCUGUGCAAUGUGCGUUGGUUGCCCCUUGUACUACUGUGAGCUCAGGUGAUGGUUGUAUUAUCACAUCAGCUCUUUCUCUCUCUUUCUCAGCCUGUGUGUACUUGCGUGCAUGCAUGCAUGAACAGAAGACCAAAACUCAUCA